AUGAAGAUAUGUCUACGCUAUCUCGGUUACCCUGGAUAUCAACAAGGUCAGGAACUUGGUGUUACUCAAGCAACGGUAUCUCGGACUGUGGAUAGAGUUGUGAACACCAUAGCUGCACAGUCGAACGAAUGGAUCAAGUUUACAACUACCAACCAUGAACUGUUGGAGGCCAAGCGGAUAUGGCAAAGCAUGUAUAAAUUUCCGACAGCAAUUGGUGUAUCUGAUUGUACACAAAUAGGAAUCCUGAAACCACAUCGCCAUGGAGAUGAGUAUAUCAACCGGAAAGGAAAACCUACUUUAAAUGUGCAAGCCACUUGUGAUGCCAGUGAGAUGUUCACAAGUGUUGAUGUCAGUUGGCCUAGAUCAGUGCAUGAUUUAUGGAGAAAUUCACAGACUAGAUCUCAACUAAUAAAUAAAGCAAAUGUUGUACUACUUGGCGAUGACUGCUAUGGUAUUGAGCCAUGCCUUAUGACUCCCUUCAGAAAUCCUACUCCAGGUGCACAAAUAAAUUAUAAUAAGCUUUAA